AUGCUCUUUGUACGGUCCUUUCUUGGAGCAGCUCCAGGAAGGGUGACACUUAAAGCUGUCACUUCCUCUCUAUUGGAGUUAACACCAAAGCAUACUUUCUCUUUAUUGCCUAUCGCCGCAGGACGUCGUUGGCAAUCUACCGAAGCCGAUGACAAAGAUCUUGAACGUUUGAAAAAACUUCGUAAUAUUGGUAUUUCAGCACAUAUUGACUCUGGUAAAACGACAUGUACAGAACGUAUUCUUUAUUAUACUGGACGUAUCAAAGAAAUUCAUGACGUUCGCGGCCGUGAUGGUGUGGGGGCGAAAAUGGAUUCCAUGGACUUGGAAAGAGAAAAAGGUAUCACUAUUCAAUCUGCCGCAACCUAUGCAAGCUGGGGAGAGAACAACAUCAAUAUUAUUGACACGCCAGGCCACGUCGAUUUUACUAUUGAAGUUGAGCGUGCUUUGCGUGUAUUAGAUGGUGCUGUGCUAAUUUUGUGUUCUGUUGCUGGCGUACAAUCUCAAACAAUCACUGUGGAUCGUCAAAUGCGUCGUUAUAAUGUUCCUCGUAUUUCUUUUAUUAACAAAAUGGAUCGAGCUGGUGCAAAUCCUUUCCGUAUCAUUGAUCAACUCCGACAAAAGCUUAAAUUGACAGCUGCUGCUGUACAGAUUCCCAUUGGCGCAGAAGAUCAAUUUAGAGGUGUUGUGGAUUUGAUUAAAUGGAAGGCUUACUACAACGAAGGCGAGAACGGCGAAAUUUUAACUGAAACGGAUAUCCCUGAAGAAUUAAUGCCAUUGGCUACUGAAAAACGUACUGAAUUAAUUGAACAAUUGGCUAACGUGGACGAUGAAAUUGCGGAUCUUUAUUUGUGUGAAGAAAUACCCACUGCUGAGCAGCUCACUGCUGCUAUUCGUCGCGCUACUAUUGACUUGAAAUUCACUCCUGUAUUGAUGGGUUCUGCAUUCAAAAAUACAGCAGUUCAACACCUCUUAGAUGCUGUCGUUAAGUUCUUACCCAAUCCUACCGAAGUUACAAAUACAGCUUUGGAUAUUACUAAUGGUGAACAAAAGGUGAAUCUUGCUUCUACUUCUUCGAACCCGUUCGUUGGUCUUGCUUUCAAAUUGGAAGAAGGCCGUUAUGGACAAUUGACGUACAUGCGCAUUUAUCAAGGAUCUUUGAAGAAGGGCUCCUUUAUCACUAAUGUAAAGACUGGUAAGAAGAUUAAGGUUCCUCGUCUAGUGCGUAUGCAUGCCGCUGAUAUGGAAGAUGUGGAUGAACUCGGCGCUGGUGAAAUUGGUGCUAUGUUCGGUGUUGAUUGCUCAAGUGGCGACACUUUCACCGACGGUACUCUUCAAUACACUAUGACGUCUAUGUAUGUUCCCGAACCUGUAAUUUCACUUUCUCUUACUCCUAAAGGUCGUGAAACUGGUAACUUUUCGAAAGCUUUGAACCGUUUCCAAAAGGAAGACCCUACAUUCCGUGUCCAUGUUGACGCCGAGUCGAAGGAAACCAUUAUCUCCGGUAUGGGCGAACUUCAUUUGCAAAUUUAUGUCGAACGUAUGAAGCGUGAAUAUAAUGUUGAUUGUGUUACCGGUAAGCCACGUGUGGCUUUCCGUGAAACUAUUACUGCACCUGCCAAAUUUAACUAUACGCACAAGAAGCAAUCUGGUGGUGCUGGUCAAUUUGGUCGUGUUAUGGGUACUAUUGAGCCUAUGACACGUGAUGAGGAAACUGGAAAGGAUAUUGACUUUGAGAACCGUGUGGUAGGUGGUAACAUUCCUACCAACUUUAUACCCGCUUGUGAAAAGGGCUUCUUGGAUGCACUAGAAAAAGGUCCUUUAAUUGGUCAUCCUGUCAAUGGUGUACGCAUGAUUUUAGAAGACGGUGCUGCUCACGCUGUUGAUUCCAGUGAAUUGGCUUUCCGUACCGCUACAAAGAAUGCUUUCAUCGAAGCUUUCAACAAGGGCCGACCUACUAUCUUGGAACCUAUCAUGAACGUUUCCAUCACUGCGCCUACUGAAUUCCAAGGUUCUGUUAUUGGUGGUAUCAACAAGCGUAAGGGUACUAUUGUGGAUACAGACGUUCGCGAAGAAUAUUUCAAUGUUACAGCAGACGUUCCUCUCAAUGACAUGUUCGGUUACUCAACUGAAUUAAGAUCUGCCACUCAAGGCAAGGGUGAAUUCUCUAUGGAAUAUAAGGAACAUCUUCCUGUACCUACCCACGUUCAAGAAACACUUGUCCAAGAAUACAAGAAGGAAAUGGCCAAGAAAAACAAAUAG